AUGGUUCGUAUGAGUGUGCUCGCCGACUGUCUUAAGACAAUGUACAAUGCCGAGAAGCGUGGAAAACGUCAAGUACUUAUUCGUCCCAGUUCCAAGGUGAUUGUCAAGUUCUUGCAAGUUAUGCAAAAGAAUGGCUACAUUGGUGAGUUUGAAAUCGUAGACGACCACCGUGCUGGCAAGAUCGUAGUGGAACUCAAGGGCCGUAUCAACAAGUGUGGUGUCAUUUCUCCUCGCUUUGACGUAAAGCUGGCGGACUAUGAGAAAUGGAUUAACAAUCUACUGCCUUCGCGUCAGUUUGGCCACAUUGUCGUGAGUACGACGUACGGUAUCAUGGAUCAUCAUGAGGCUCGUCGUAAACACACGGGUGGCAAGAUCGUUGGUUUCUUCUACUAG